UAACCCUACCCACGGCAGCGUACUUCACAAAUAUACAGAGCAGAAUUUCAAUGAUUUCAUUAUUCAUAGGCUGUAAAGGUUAUAAGAUGGUCACACUGCACAGUUGGUCAGAAAUGUAUGAUGUUGAAUGUUGGAUCUAAUCAUUCAGUUGCUCUAGUUAUAGACGGCAAUACCACUAAGCAGAUUCAACACUUGAAUGAUAAUCCUGUGAUGCUGGACUGCAAAAACUGUCAUUCUGUGGAAAAGGAUCCAGAGAUGAAGAUCUGAAUUUAUUCGUAGAUGUUAUGCUGUGCCGGUGCAGGACUCAUCCACCUCUCAAACGAAUGUAGAAAUGCUUUAUGAGCAUUGCAAGAACACUGUGCACCCACAGACAGACAAUUUGGGGGCGUCAUAGAGGCCAGUUUGAGAAAAGAGUAUUUAAUAUUUAUAAUACCCAUCUAGAGGCAUAGUUUGGUCAAGAUGUUCUCCGCUCUGAAGAAGCUUGUCGGCUCUGAGCCGGCUGGUCAGGUGAAGGACAAGAACAUCCCUGCUGGACUACAGUCCAUGAACCAGAGUCUGCAGAGAAAAUUUGCUAAAGGGGUUCAGUACAACAUGAAGAUAGUCAUUCGAGGAGAUAGAAACACAGGAAAAAGCACCCUGUGGCACCGGCUGCAGGGUAAGAAAUUCCAGGAAGAGUACAUUCCAACUCAAGAGAUCCAGGUCACUAGUAUCCACUGGAGUUAUAAAACUACUGAUGAUGUGGUGAAGGUGGAGGUCUGGGAUGUGGUGGAUAAAGGCCAAAAAAUCCCUCUUCCUGAAGGUGUAGGAAAGGGGAAAAAGAGAGGUGAAAACUUGAAGUUGGAAAAUGAACCUCAAGAGCAGACGGAGAGUGAACUGGCCUUGGAUGCUGAGUUUUUGGACGUGUAUAAGAACUGCAAUGGUGUGGUAUUGAUGUUUGACAUCACCAAACAGUGGACUUAUAAUUACAUUAUGCGGGAGUUGCCCAAGGUACCCACUCAUGUGCCAGUGUGCGUUUUGGGAAAUUACCGGGACAUGGGAGAACACAGAGUCAUUUUGCCUGAUAACAUUCGUGACUUCAUCGCUGGGCUUAACAGACCUCGUGGCUCCUCUUACAUCCAUUAUGCUGAAUCUUCCAUGAAGAAUGGUUUUGGUUUGAAAUAUUUGCACAGAUUUUUCAACAUUCCAUUUUUGCAGCUUCAGAGAGAGACCCUGUUACGGCAGCUAGAGACCAAUCAGCUGGACAUCGAUGCCACGCUAGAGGAGCUAACAGUUCAGCAGGAGACAGAAGACCAGAACUAUGAUAUUUUCCUGGAAAUGAAAGACUCUCGUAGUAAAGGCUACAACUCUCCCGGUCCUGCUAACGGACAGAGCCCUUCCUCAGGCACGCAGUCUCCCGUCGUUCCUCAGAGCGGAUGCUCCACUAGCAGCUCCAGCCCCUGUAGCCCCCAACAGCCUCCCAUUCCUUCCCAGAUCCUGAAGUCUCCAUCUCCUUCUCCGUCUCCUCCUCCUCCCCCCUCUUCCUCAACCCCAGCGCCUGUGACCUCUCUCCCUCCCUCCCCUUCUGCUGCUCACCCUGGCCCGACGGUCUCUGCUCCAGCUCAGGCUUCUGCCUCUGCUCCUCAAACCCAGAAACGCAGCUUCAUCUCCAGGCUCUUUGGUUCCUCUCCUGCCCAGGAACCUCCAGCAGUCGCCCAGGAGCCAGAUCCAGUAUCUGCAGCGACUCUCCCUACGGUUCGGAGCGUGGAUGAUUUUGUGCCGGACGAGGGACUAGACAAAAGCUUCUUGGAAGACAGUCUGCCUCCUAACACAAGACCGGCUAUGAACACCCAGACCUCUGCUGCGGGCACUGCAGAUAGUGACAGUGAUGGGGAAGGAAGAGAAGGGAACCCCAUGGUUGCUGGGUUCCAGGAUGAUUUGGACCUUGAUGAUGCAGAACUUGAACCCAGAGCUUCUAUUGUCAGUAAAGGCUUGAAUAUAUCUCUCUCCAGUGAUGAGGAGGGUCCAAAACCUGCUGAACCUCACCUGGUGGCUAUGGAUGCAUUAACGCUAGAGGACAAACCAAAGCCUAUCCACAAAGAGCCAGUGAUCCAGACCCAGGAGACUGUUUGCAGUCAGAACAUAGAGACUUCCAUUCUCAGUCCCACUCCAGUACACACUACUCAACAGCUGCAGACAGCGUCAGACGCAGCAGCCCUGGCUGAUCCUCAAGCACGGGUCAUUAAACAUAAAGAGAGAUCGGCUCAGGCAGAGUCCUCUGACACAGACCCAGACGUGCCUGUGGCCAAACAGAUGCUUUCAUUUGUCAUGGACGAUCCUGACUUUGAGAGCGAGGAAGAAGUCAUGCAGAAAGUUGUUCAGGACUCUUUCCCAGUUAGAGAUGAUAUUCCUGAUAUAUCUGAUGAUGAUUUUAACACAGCUAAAAUCCCUGAGCCCAUGAAACCUACUGUACUCUCCUUCAAAAGCAAGAAUGACGGUGACCUCUUUGGCCUAGGAAUCGAGGAGAAGUCGAUCAUAAGCAAAGACAGUAGCGAUGAGCAAGAUGAAAAAGAAAGCAAACAUUCCAAGGAUAAGAAGAAAAAGAAAAAAAGGAGUAAAGAGGAUGAUGACAAAAGUAGCAAGAAGAAACACAAGCACAAGAAAAAGGAAAGAGAUGAAGCAGCUGGGACCGCAGAUGAAAAAGAGAAGAAAAAGAGGAAGUCACGAAGCAAGAAAACUGAUGAUCUUGAAGCUUUUCUGGCCGGAGCAGAAAGCUUAGCAAAAAGAGAAGAGGGUGACUAUGAGGAGCUGUAACGCGCUCUCUCUGCUGAAGCAAUGUUAGUGCAUUGGUAUCACAAGCUUGAAAGAGUUCCCAUCAUAAACCACAAAAACAAAAAGCUUUCUUUAGCAGCCCACUCAUGACUGACAAGUUAAGAAACACUUAAGACUGCUUUUCCACUUGCCACAAACACUUCCCAAUCCACCUUCCAGGCCUUGAGAGGUUGGAAGGGCUGGCAGAGUUCACACUCUUUGGGCUCAAACUGCAAUAAGUGGAGAAGCCAUGCAAAAUUGCUACAACUUGCAUGCAAUGUGUCCUUUGUACGUUGUUUUUCAGAUUGAAAUGGACAAUUUCCACUCACUCAUAACAUUGCGCUUUCUGAACGUUUACAUGCUUUGCUUUUUUAUGGUGGCAAUAUUUUCAUCAUCGCGUAUGUGAACCAACUUAUGGUUUUCAUUGAUUUGACUGCUUUAUUAGUUGCCUUGUAGUUGUGUAUGAAUUGGUAUUUAUGCUCAAUAGAUGUUCUGAGAGCUUGGCUUUGUGUAAUUUUGCUGUGUGUUUAGUGUUUGAAAUCAAUAUACUGUACUUCAUGAUAGGAUUAUUUGUUUACCCAAAAUAUAUAAAGAAAAAAUAUUUUAGGAAUGUAAAGGAUUUAAGGUCAGUAAAUGAUCACUCUUAUGAUACGGAGUAGUUACGAAAUCAGGCAUAACUAUUUCUCACACUCUUUAAAUCAGGAAAUGCCUUAAAGGAAGCCAUGGUGAAAUGCAACAACUGACUUUAAAGAACUCAAAUAGACCAAUAAUGAGUGUGCAAUGAGAUCUAUCUACUGUGUCAUUAUGCAAACUUGUGUUUUACUUUAACUUCUUAAUUCUAUCACUUAUUUUUGCACUCCAUUGUUUUUGUCUACCUUAUCGUUUUAUGAUGGUAAAUUGCAAGAAAGAACUGUGAGGUAUAUGUCAUUUGACAUUGUUUUUUUCUUUUUAUUUGUUUUUCCUAAUUUUCAAUGAAAUCAUGAUUGGUUGAAACUGUGCUGUUGCUUGAAAAUGAAUUCAAUACAAAAAGACUGUAAUAUAUUUGCAAUGUUACUGGGUCAGUUUUUUCUUAUAUUUUCAGCAUGGCUGUAUUGUAAAUUUCACUUGUUUUUAAGUUAAUAAUCAAAGUAAGUUAGUAAAGACGGCACUUUGGUCGACUCACUGAUAUAGACAAUGUUUAUUAUAUAUUCUUACAUCAAAAUUGUGUUAGAAAUUGUUAAUUGAUGCUUUAUAUGUUACACAAUGUGGCAAUGACUUUUGUUUUUUAUACAGUAUAUUAAGAAAUAUGAUUUCUAAGCUCUAGAAUAUUAUUAAAAGGAGGAAAACAUCACAAAACAGUUUUAAACAACAAC